AUGUCGGCUCUCUUCAAUUUCCAUUCUUUCCUCACGGUAGUUUUGUUAGGCAUCUGUGCCUGCACGUAUGUGAAGAUUCAGUUUCCGGCGCUUCUUGAACAGAGAACUGGGUUUCGAGGUGUCUUCUGGAAGGCUGCUAGAAUAGGGGGAAUAACAGCAAGAACAAAGAAUAAUAAUAAUAAUAACAGCAAGAAGAAGAAGAAUAAGAAAAUGGCAGCAUUCACAGGAACUCUUGAUAAGUGCAAGGCUUGCGACAAGACAGUUUAUUUCGUUGACUUGUUGUCGGCAGACGGAGCAACUUUCCACAAAUCAUGCUUCAAAUGUAGCCACUGCAAAGGGACCCUCGUCAUGAGCAACUACUCUUCCAUGGAUGGAGUUCUCUACUGCAAGCCUCACUUUGAGCAGCUUUUCAAAGAGUCUGGAAAUUUCAGCAAGAAUUUCCAAAAUGGAAAACCAGAGAGGGAAAAUUCGCUUGUAAGUUCCUUAUGUUUUAUGGCUUAA